AUGGCAACGAUGCUGUCCUCAUAUGUUGUGUUCUCACUCGUCUGCUUCGUUGCACUGAGUUUUGCAGCCAGUGGCAAAAAAACACUUGUCUUGGUUGAUAAUUGGUCUGCCAGAGAAACUCAUUCCAUCUUUUUCCGAACUCUACGAGAUAAAGGAUAUGAACUGUCCUUCAAGACUGCUGAUGAUGCUAGCUUGGCGCUGGUAAAAUACGGAGAAUUCUUGUACGACAACCUCAUAUUGUUUUCCCCGUCUGUAGAAGAUUUCGGGGGUAAUGUCAAUGUAGCAGCCAUCACAAAUUUCAUAGAUGGAGGUGGUAAUGUUCUUGUGGCAGCCAGUUCUUCUAUUGGGGAACCAAUCAGAGAGCUGGCUAGUGAAUGUGGGGUGGAGUUUGAUGAUGAAAACACAGCUGUAAUUGACCAUCUGAACUAUGAUGUAGGCGAUCAGGGAAAGCACACUUUGAUUGUAGCAGACUCUAAGAAUUUGAUGGAUGCACCUAAAAUAAUCGGCAGUAAGAACAUCAACCCGCUACUCUUCAGAGGUGUCGGGAUGACUGCUGACCCAGAAAACCCUCUGUUAUUGAACUUACUACAUGCUUCAUCCACUGCUUACUCCUUCAACCCAGAUGAGAAAAUUGAUGAGUUCCCUCAUGCUGUUGGCAAGAACACCCUGCUGAUAUCAGCCCUCCAGGCUCGUAACAACGCCCGCGUCGUCUUUGUUGGAUCUUUGGAUUUCUUCAGUGAUGAGUUCUUUUCAGCAAGCGUACAGAAUGCAAAUGGCGGUCAGAAAUUUGACCGCUCAGGCAACGAACAGCUGGCUAUCAAUUUGGCCCAGUGGGUGUUUAAGGAGAAGGGUGUUCUGAAGGUGGGCAAAGUUCGUCAUCACCUGCAGGGAAAGACUAACCCACCAACCGCAUACACAGUAACUGAAGAUGUGGAAUACUCCAUUGAAAUACAGGAAUUGGUUGAUGGCCAAUGGAAGCCAUUUUCAGCAAAAGAUGUGCAGCUGGAGUUUGUCCGCAUUGAUCCCUUCGUCCGCACAGCUCUCAUUCCAAAGAAUGGACGUUUCUCUGCCAAGUUCAAACUGCCUGAUGUGUAUGGUGUCUACCAGUUCCGUGUGGAUUACAACCGGAUAGGAUACACACACCUCUUCAGUACAACACAGGUGUCUGUGCGUCCCCUGGAACAUACCCAGUAUGAGAGAUUCAUUCCUUCAGCCUAUCCAUAUUAUGCUAGUGCAUUCUCCAUGAUGGCUGGCGUACUCAUAUUUAGUUUUGUGUUUCUUCAUUUUAAAGAGGACAGUAAGGAUAAGACGGAAUAGUACGUUUAGUUCAAAAAAAUAAAAAUUGCAUUGGAGCAAAAAUAAGAACUUUCUUGAAAUCUUAUUUCUUUAUCAAAUCAUUUUGAGUUUAAAAACAUCCCCCUCUGUAACUUAAAGUAAAAAGUAGUUCUUAAAAAGCAUAGACACUUUAAAAAAAAUUAAAAGAAAUCAUCGACUUAUAUGCUGUGUCUAUGUGUAUAUAUUAUUGAGGUGCAUUGGUAUUUCCUUGAAAAUAUUUUACACAAAGCUGAGAAUUUCAA